UCAAACACUACUACCUCUUCCUCAAUUUUCUUCAAUCACACCAAAUUUAACUACCUUAAGCUUUUCACAAUUUCCAUAGUUUCCUUGUUUCCAAUUAUUGCAUGCCAAUCAUGUACAAUUUAGAGAAGCCACAGAGAGAUGAUAAACAGUUUCUAACUCCCUCUUUCUCUUCCACUCUCCUCGACCAAAUUUAUCGUUCCAUCGACGAGGGUGAAAGAAAAAACGGCGAAACAAAGUUCUACAGACACACUACUAUGAGCAGUAGCAAGAGACACAACAGAAGCGAUUCGAAAUCCAUGGACGCUGGAGACAGAAAAAUUGUCGGCGGCGCGAAAAACAACAACAGAAAACAUCUGCACCGCGACGAGGAUGUCAUGUUCUUCAGCUCCACUUCGAUUUCCUCCACAGAUUCCUCCAGCCUUGGAUUCUCCUCCUCCGACACCGAAUCCAUCUCACGCGCCUCGUGUUUCGCGCCACAGGUGGGGCGCGGAGGAGGAGGAAGCGCUUCAUUCCGUUCCGAGAAACAGGGAAUGCGCAUCUUCGACAGUUUCUGUCGAACCUCCUCCCAUAGAUCGUCGGAACACGCGCAUUCCCAAUUCUGCAUCACAAGCCGUCGUCAUCUGUCCGUGUCAGAAGAUCAUAAACAAAUCAGACACGGACACAGACAGGUGACGGCUUGUGACGAAGAAGAAGAGGCCUUAAUGAUCAAAUCCAAGUCGAGGGCCUUAAAGAUUUACAACAACCUUAAAAAAGUGAAACAACCUAUUUCCCCUGGCGGCAGGGUCACGAGUUUCCUCAACUCGCUCUUCGCCAACACGAAGAAAACCACCACCACUACUACUUCUACAAGUUCCCGCACGUGCGGCGAAGUGAAUACUCCUUCUUCUUCUUCAUGUUAUUAUUCUUCCACGUGUUCCUCUGCUUCUUCGUUUUCACGUUCUUGCUUGAGCAAGACCAUGUCUUCCGAAAGGGACAGGUUGCGCAAUGGGGUGAAGAGAACGGUGCGUUUCUACCCAGUGAGUGUGAUCGUGGGUGAAGAUAGCAGACCCUGUGGGCACAAACGCUUGUGCGAAGAGAAAGAAGCUUCUAGAGAGUUCUUAAGAGAGUACAAUAACCGACACAACCCCAAGAUUAAGAGCAAUGAUAAAUUGGUCUUGAAGGACUUGUCUUUAAGGACUACUAACGUUGAUGUUGAUGAUAACGAUGACGACGAUGAUGCAUCGAGUUAUGCGAGCUCGGAUCUCUUCGAGCUUGAUCAUUUGGCUGUGUUUGGAAGUGAUAGGUAUAGUGAGGAGCUUCCGGUGUAUGAAACUACUCAUGUUAGUACUAACCGCGCCAUUGCCAAUGGCCUCAUAGUGUAAUAAUUCUGUUCAAUAUACGUACAGAACCAUUUUUGAGUUUUUUCCCCCACUUUUUUUAAGUGGUUUUGUUAAUUAUGUAUGAUUAUCAAUAUUGGGUAAAUUAAUAAAAUGAUUUUGAUCAAAUA